UUGCUUGCUUUUUCUCUUUUUUUUUAUUUUUUUUUUUAAAUUUUUUUUAGAGUUCUAAGUACCUUGAAAAUUAUCCUUUGGGUUAUGUAGAUGUGCAAUUUUUUUUACAGUAACCUUUUGAAGAUUACAGAACUUUAUUUUCUCUGGUAUUCUCACAUGACUUGGGAGUUUGGCUGUACAUGCACUCUUAGAAGCAUAACCCAUGGCAAGCAUGUUUGCUACAUUAAAGCACCCCUACCUAUUCCAAAUAACUUGGUAUUACUUUUCCUACUAGUGUCUUUUGGGUCUUUAAACCCAGCUGUAGUAGUUUAUUAGUUAUGGAGGUCCCAGACCUGUCCAUGGGAUAUGAUCAAAACGAAUUCUUAUGUAAUCAUCAUAGAAAUCUAUGUCCAAGAGAACAAACACAAUUCAGGUUUCAGAAAGACUUUGCCUUUCCAGAUGGAGUCUGCAAAUGAAAAGUCUUCAAAACAUAUAAUUCCAGACAAACUCUUUCUACUAGGCUACUGAGUCAGCUUAUCUCUCAGCACUUUUCAAGCACGUUAAUUGAGCAGCUUUAGAACUAUUUCAAAAUUUCAGAAAUGUUGUCCUAGCUGGAUGUGUCUGCAACUUCUGCCUUGGACUUGCUCUACUACUGUUAACAGGUCGAUAGCACAGAUUUUGAGCAAUUUCAGCUAGCCAUUAAAGCCAACUAUGAAUCUGCAAUUUCUACUGUAAUUGUCAGUCUGUUUCCCUCUGACAUCUCUAUCUCUGAUUUGUUUAGGAUAAUUGUCUUUAAAAGUUACUGCAAUACUGAAAGUGAAUAUGAAGACCUACAUCUUAUGUAAGCAUAGCGCUACUAACCUAGAGGCUGCUUGGCUGUAGGAGGUCCUAUCCUGAGAGAACCUUUGUGGUGAAUGAGGUUUGUUUCCAGUGCAGUAAUAACCUGUUGUUGCUGUGAUACCAAUAAACUCUCUUCCCUCUUCUCCAUCUCUUAACUGACACUAUAGGCAACUCCACAGCUCCCUAAACAGAAGGGAGUACUGUAAUGAAGAGAAGCUCUUUCUUUCACAGGCUCCUUGGAGCAUCACACUCCUUGCAGCGGUGCUGGGCUCAUUUGCUGUGUUCAGAUAUUAUCUGGAAUGGGAAGAGUUGUGUGGCAGCUGGGCCUCCAGCUGUGUAUUACUGCUGUGCUGCUCUUUGGUGGAGGAAGAGGGAGAGAGCUCUCUGGCAGCCUGAGCUGCUUGAAUAACUACAUGACUACCGUGAGCUGCAUGUGGGUGACAGAGAAGCCCAUGGGCAAUGGACCUUUCCACCUGCAUUUCACCAACCUCUGGUCAAAGGGCCACAACGCCAGCUGCAAACUGACUGCCACAGAGAGCAUGCAGAAUCAGUACCACUGCACAAUUCAUUUAGCCAGCCAAAUCUUGGAAACAGAUGGUUAUAGAGUCUCACUCCAAGGAAACUUCUUUGGACGUAAUCACAAACACGUUACCUUUCCAGUGUACAAUCCCCGCAAGCACAUAAAACUUGAUCCACCUUUGAACCUCCAGAGCAAUGCCACUGCCAGCAAGUGUCAGAUAUGGUGGAGUGUGUGGAAUGUGCCUUGGUACCUCGUUGAAAUCCUCCAAUAUGAAUUGCAGUAUAAGGAGUACAGCAUGUCCUGGGAGGUUGCAUUGAACAAGACACCAUCCAGUUCACUGCCACAGAUAGAAAUUGAAGCCACAGAACUUCGCAGUGGCAUUGCUUACAUUGCAAGAGUUCGCUGCAAAGUUUCCGAAAAUGAGAAUUCCUACCACAGUCAGUGGAGUGAGUGGAGCCAGACAACAGUGUUUCAAAGAGCAGAUUUACCAAAACUGUCUGAGAAGACUCUAAAUACCACUAUGCAGCUCUUGUUCAUUCCUCUGAGUUUUGGCACUCUACUCUAUUUAUUCUGGAACUGUAAGCUUUCUUCAAGGGCAAAAAGUCUCACCUGCUUUAACAUUCCCACGCCAGCUGCUUUCUUUCAGCCACUCUAUAGUUUGCACAAUGGGAACUUCAAGGACUGGGUUGGACCUAAUGAGGCUUGUAGCCAACUUGGAAGAGAAGAGGCCAGCAAUUCAGGCAAAGUGACUGCAGAUAGAGUUUCUGAUCUAAACACCCAGGAACUGAUUUCCCAGAUCUCCUGGAAACCUAUGGAAAGCACAAAUCUGGUUGCUGCAGAAGAGAAACUUGUAUUUGCCCCAGGUCCAAGCCAGCAAUAUGUCCCCAGCAGAUACGUAAGAGCUGAAGAGAUAGAAGUGAGGCCAGGACUAUUGUUUGCACCAAACCAUGCUGAUGACAUAGUUGGCCUGAAAAUCUCUGAAAUAAUUAAAGACAACUUUGAGAGCCCUUGCAUGGGAAGGAAUUAUUUCUCUCACUCACAGCAUGGAAAGGGUGGCUUUCCUAUGCUUCAUGAAUCUUUGGAGAUAGAAGAUGUGUCCUUCAGUGCUAGUGACUAUUGCACCUUGUGUGACAAUGAUACCACAGGAGGUCUGAUUCCUGCUGAAUUACUGAAGCUCUCCGAUGGAAAUAGUCUUGUCAAACAUCAGAAUGAUCAGUGACCUUCCCUGAGGAAUACUGCCUACAAAGAUUCUUGUGCUCUUCUCUCACUUCCCAACAUUGUCUUCCCAAGUGGCUUAAAUGGUGACUGUGCAGAAAAUUGCAAACAUGUAUAAUUUUAAAAAUCUUCAAUUUCUGUAUUCAGAAAAAGAUUGUGAACGAGCUCUCUGGCUAGCAAAUACUACCCCUACAGGCAUGGCAAAGCCUGACUCCAGCAACAUCUGUUGCCUCAUAGACACAUUACUAUGCCCUUCCCUAAAUUAACCUCCUGGCAGCAGAGGUCCAGUAACCCCCUGGUCUAAGGAGGCAGCAGCAGACCUGCUGUUUUUCCUCAGGAAGAGCUAUCGGAAUUGUAUGCUUCUUGGAAGCAGCAAUAUUUGCAAUGUGAUGAACCACAAUUUAAACUCCAUCAUUUUUUAAAACUGUGCCUAAU